AACUCUAAAAGAAGGUUGUGCUCAGGUUCACAAAACUAUGCUGCACGCACGCACACAGGUUCACAUUUCAUUGAGCUCUUCUUGUAUGACACAGUGACAGACAUCAACAGGUGUUUCAGACAUCUGAUGAUUCUCCUCCGUCAAACAUGUUUAAAUAUCACAAUAUUACAGAAGACCACUUUAUAAUCUCAUUUCUGUAAACUGAAGAAUUAUCAAGAGCUUUUCAGUCAUUCAUCAUUCCUCAUAUGUAUUUUUGUACUCAGAUGAAAUAGUUAAGCAUGUCACUUAUUUGCACAGUAAAAAGUCUCUCAGAUUCUUUUCCUGACUGAAAACUUGAAAAUGGUUGGAUUUUUUAAGGUCGUGAUCAUUGUGAGGCAAUGUUUUGACAUUCCAAUAUUAGAUGAAACGGUUAUAAAUGUUCUCAAAUGGUCUCAACUCAAUGUGACCUGCAGCUCCUCAAACGGUCACGUGUCUGUGAAGUAUUUUUAGUUUUGGCAGAGAAGCAGAAAAUCAAUCCGCUGCUUUUCUGUGAUGCCAGCAUACAGAUGUUAAUGGUACAGAAGUCUCGGGAGGUUCUUAAACAUCGAGAACAAUUCAAACGUCAACUUUCACCAUGACCGACAACCACAAGUAAAUGUAUGGCGUUGCUUUGCUUCGCACUGUUGGAUGGCGAGCGCAGGCAGCAAAUGUGACGCCUGUCAGGCUAUUUACAGAAAACGCUGAGCAAGAGAAAGUUCCCAUGACUACGAUGACACGAAGAGAACGAGCGCACGCCUGAACAGCACCUCGGAUUAAUGCGACCUGCAAUGGAAACUAUGGAAAUAAUUGACACAGAGAGUCAGAUGACGGUACUGCAGGACACGCUGGCGGAGGAACAGAUGAAUGAUGAAGAGGAAGAUCUGAACAACAGUCUCAGAGAAGCUGUUCAGGACGAAGAUGUGAAGCCUAAACUCCAGUGCCUGAUGAUGGACCCGUCCUUCUCAAUGGUGACGGUUCAGAGCGAAGACAGCGGGAUUGUUUGGGAAACAGCUUCUAGUCGCUGCUCGACCCCCUGGGCCUCAGAGAGGAACGUCACAACGCCAGAACCCGGCUACACUCUCAGCAGCCCCGGCACGGCCGGCAAGAUCCUGGUCACCAUGGAUGAGGAGCUCGCCACCAGAAGAGAGAGAAAGAAGCAAAAAGCAGAGAAAUGGUUUCCUUACACGAGUGAUGAGAUCAUGAGACCGGCCAUGGUGGAGGUGUCCCUCCCUAAUGUCACGCAGACACAAGACAAAACCACACACACUAGAGAAGAAAAGCAUCAACGUUUAUUCAGUCUGGUGUCUGAAGGAUCUGAAAUUCUGAACAUCAUCGCUCCACCUAAAGUGUCUACGGUGGACGAGGAGGAGAGUGAAGAUCUGGAAGAUUGUUUGUUUUACCUUGAGGAGGUACCUGCCAUAAAAUCCACCAAGAUUUCCCAUGAACCCGUGAACGUUCCCACUGAGACUCCAGGAGAGGAUGAGGUGACAUCAUUCGUACCGGAGCCCAUCAUCCCGGUCCCGGCCAUCACAGGUUCGAGAAGAGGCGUCACGGCGGACGAUUACUUUGAGAAUUACACUCUUCUGGAUACCCAGACGCCAUCAGGAGAGGCAGCGCUAGAAGAAGCUCCCGGGGAUUCUGGGACAGAAGACACGGUCACGCAGAACGUAAAUGACGUGCCAGAACCAAGCUGCGGACUGUCACAGGUCCCCUCAGCUGUCAGUGUGUUAGAUAUUCCUGGCGAACAUCUAGAUGAUGUUUUUUAUGGCGGCGGCAGCAGUGCACCGCCCUCUCACGACAAUAAGAAAGAGGAGAGAGGAGAGCUUUCAAAAUCCCAACUGAAGGCAAGCGGCUCCGCCUUGUUUGGCAGCGAGGAGAUGGUGCUCACCCCCAUAUACCUUCCUGGAGGACCUCCAAAAAUCAUCGACCCCAACCUGCUCGAGGAGCCCAAAGCCAUGGCGUUUUUCUACUCGGACCUGUACGCCGAUGCCGUGGGAAGCAGGAAGAAGCAGGACGAUGACACCGAGAGUCUGACCUCUGAAAAAUCGUUCCACAGUCGAGAGUCCGACUCUGAGGACAGAGGCUAUCUAGAGAAGUUUGUGCUGAGGGUCGAGACUCUUAACAUCGUGGAUUGUGGCGAUCAGCAACCCGAGGUGCGCAGCGAAGAACAUCAGGACCCGUUCAGACUCGCCGGAUACGUGGAACAACCUAAAACAGAGGUGGAGACGAAGACGGAUGAGCUGGAGGAGCUCACUGAUUUCUUUAGAAGCAGUGCAUCUUCAUCACCGUGGGAAGCUGUUGAUUUAUAUCGAACCGAGCCGGAGACGGAACCUCAAGGGGUGAGGACUACACCCGUUACUUUCAAAGAUGAAGUGAAAAAGAACGAAACCGAGUCGCGAGUCGAAGGGAGUAAUUCUCUUCCGUUUACCGACGACAUCGAGUUUGCUGAAGCGUUUUUACCCGUCGAAAUCAGUGAGGAUUGUCCAGCGUGGGAAGAAAACUUGCAGACGUUUUACACAACUACAGCCUCCACCAGGACAGAUGAACAAAACAAUAAACCAAAGUCUGUAAGUGAAACUGAAUCUCCGAAAAUGAGCCAAGCCAUAAACUUAAACAAACCCAUAAUUCCACGCUACAAACCCUUCCUCGAUCUGAUCCCGCUGCUGCCAGCCGAAACUGAGGAUGAAGAACAACAAACAGAAGGAGUAAACGUGCAAGAGGACAAAAGCGUUACUGUCUCAGAAGAGACGACAUCACCUGAAGCUAAAGAAGAGGACGAAAAGACUGAAACGCAUCCUCCACCUCCUCCUCCUGAUGUGUGAUGAUGUCACAGCAGCAGAUAUGUGUGUGUGUGUGUGUGUGUGUGUGUGUGUGUGUGUGUUUGUGUGAUGAUGUCACUCACAGCAGCAGAUGAAGAGACUGUAGACAAAACUCAUAAAGAUCUCUGGCUUGAUGUUUGUGAUGUUAACAGGCCAAUAAUGCUAAACACCGGAUGAACUGAAACAAACACAUUACUGUACAAUGUUAGUGAGUGAAUGGGAGUUAUUUUGUGCGUCUAAGGACACAUUUUCAUAUAACACUUGUGUCAUCAUAAACCGAAAGGCUUACAUCAUACUAAAUCAUGUUUUUUAUUCAGAAAUGGCAAACGUUUUGUGUGAGGUUGGGGGAGGGCUUAAAAGUGUGAUUAACUCAGUAUAUAAGUCAUUACAUGUAUGGAGGAGUCUUCAUAAACCACAUAUUCCAACAUGUUCAACCGUACAGUGCGUGUGGACAAAAUGUCCCCACAAAGAUUGUGAGGUUAGGGGCGUUUUUUGGUCCCCACGAGCUCAUCAAUCAACGUAAAUGAUGUUUAUUUGAAAACGUAAAAAAUGCAGAAAGGUUUGUGUGACGUUAGUAAAGUAUAAACAACAUUGUCUAUGAAAAGUCCCCAUGAAACCACAACACGUGUUUGUUUGUGUAGUAACACACACCCACAGCCCAUAAAUGAGUAAUCUAUAACUAUAAAGAAUUAAAUCUAAUGCUCUUAGAUCUUCUGUCACGGGACAUUAAAUAAUAUACAAAUAAACAUCAUUCCGAUAACUCUGCUCAAAUACUCAUUGUUUUUGUGUAUUUUUACUUUACAGAAGUCACAGGUGUCGUUUGUCGCGACACGUCUCACCUCAAAAACUCGCGCCAUUCCCACGAGCGCUUCCGUCCCAGACUCCGAGUUCAAGAUGUUAAAAAACUCUUCAUUUGAAUCCCUCUUUAAACCUAAUUUACUCAAAUAAACUUGAUUUACUUCAUACAUUUAGACUGACCAUCGACGGUUUCAUUCUCACUCAGUGAGGGCGUCAUGUUUCUGAUGGGUCUUCACAGUGACGAAGGCUUUUGAUUGGCUGUUCUUUGUCCACCAGAUCACCAAAAGCGUGCAGAUACAGUAUAUUAGGCUUUUACAGAAAUGU